UAAUUGCCUCUUUCGUCUCGUCUCCUCACUUUAUUCCUCCAGCAAUUAGGGUUUUGGAUUUUGCUUCUUGUAGAAUUGCUCCGAAGUCGAGAAGCUUCGGAUUCAGUCAAUUUUCUGCUCAAUUUCUAUCAUCAUGGCAAAUCCUACAGGAAGGUCGUUUUUGCAAGUGGCAGCUACAGAGGAGGCUGUUGCGCCGCCACUCAGAGUUGUUCAGAUUGAAGGACUGGUUAUUUUGAAAAUAAUAAAGCAUUGCCAGGAGUUUUCACCGGCUUUGGUCACUGGGCAACUCCUUGGAUUGGAUGUUGGGAGUGUUCUUGAAGUCACUAACUGUUUUCCCUUUCCGGUUCGCGAGGAAGAUGAGGAGAUUGAAGCCGAGGGUGCUAAUUAUCAACUUGAAAUGAUGCGAUGCCUGAGGGAGGUUAAUGUUGACAACAACACCGUGGGUUGGUAUCAAUCAACUUUGUUUGGUUCUUAUCAGACAGUGGAACUGAUAGAGACCUUCAUGAAUUACCAGGAGAAUAUAAAACGUUGUGUCUGCAUAAUUUAUGAUCCUUCUAGAUCCAACCAAGGUGUCUUAGCUUUGAAAGCCUUGAAGCUUUCUGAUUCUUUCAUGGAACUCUACAAGAGUAACAACUUUACUGGAGAGAAGCUGAGAGAAAAGAAUCUUUCAUGGGUUGACAUCUUUGAAGAGAUACCAAUAAAAGUUUCGAAUUCUGCACUCAUUAGUGCCUUUAUGACUGAAUUGGAACCCGAUACACCUGUAACUCAGUGUGAUUAUGAACGCCUACAAUUAUCAACCAAUCCAUAUUUGGAGAGGAAUGUGGAAUUUUUGAUUGAAUGCAUGGAUGACUUGUCAAUGGAACAGCAAAAGUUCCAAUUCUAUUACCGGAAUCUUUCUCGUCAACAAGCUCAGCAGCAAGCUUGGCUUCAAAAGAGGAGGACUGAGAACAUGGCACGUAAAGCUGCAGGAGAAGAGCUACUGCCAGAAGAGGAUCCCUCUAAUCCUGUCUUUAAGCCACUCCCAGAGCCUUCACGGUUGGAUAGCUUUCUCAUAACUAAUCAAAUUUCAAAUUACUGCAACCAGAUUAAUGGAGUUGCGGGACAAAGCCUCAGUAGACUACAUCUGAUGAAGGCUUUGCACGAGAACUGAGCAAGUUUUGAGUUGGCAAUUUGUACCUUAGAUUUGAUUUUUGUGCCUUUUUUUUAAAUUACUGAUGUGAGAGGGAAAGAGAAUGACCUUUAUCUCUGUAGGCGUCUUAUUCUUUCUGUAGUUUUACUUUUAUAUUCUUCUGUGAUUGGCAAUCAAGUGUAGCCUGCCUGGAAUUAUAUAUGUGAAGAUUUACAUCUAGUCCACAAAGAAGGAAUAGGGAUCUAUGUAUCGAUGACCUUAUCAUUUUUGAUCGAUUGUCUGGAUAUGGAAGAUUAAAAAUCUCUCAAUUACCCUCAUUGUUGCUAUGAAUUAAAAAGAUUGCUUCAUCUCA